UAUAAAUGACUCCGGUCUACCUUCCACGAAGUCACAGAACUGAGGCGGCAUCGCAGAAGCCGACAUGAAUCCUCUGAUCGCGUGUAUGAUUGUCGGUCUGGCAGGGUUCGCCCUAGCGGAGCCGCCUGUGUCCUCCGGUUACAGUUACAACAGACCUUCCGGUGGUGGCGGCGGCGGGGGGGAGGAACUACAGUCCCAACAGUCUGGCGGAUUUGGUGGAGGCGGAUACGCUCCUAGCUCUAGCUACGGAGCACCGUCGCAGCAAUACGGUGCCCCGUCGACGCAAUACGGCGUGCCCAGCUAUCAGACCCGCGUUGUAGGCAUCGAUCUUGAAGGCAUCAGGCAAGCCAUCCAGGUGGCCCAAUUCAAUCAGGUCAGCCAAGGCCCCGGAGGCUACCCCAGCGGACCCAGCACUAGCUACGGAGCGCCCAGCAGCAGUUAUGGAGCACCUAGUAGGCCGUCCAGUAACUACGGUGCGCCGUUCUAAGAAAUCACUUUGGUCUGGAUGAUACUGAUGAUGAUGAAAGAGAGAGAGAGAAUGAGUGAGAGAAAGAGAGAGAGAAUGUGAGAGAGAAAAAGAGAGAGAGAGAGAAAGAGUGGAUAAUGGCACCGGCCGACGACAACGACUACUUUCCGAGAUUUUCGACGCAGCCGAAACUCGCCAACGCAUAGAAGACUCACGGAGAAGAUCUGACAUAUUUGGAAAAGAAGAUCACAACUGUUUAUCACCAGUUUCUCUCAAAGUGACACAUUCCUUGGGCUCGCAACUCGGAAGGUCGUCGAUGCCAGCAAGUCAAAUCGUCGCGCGGAAUCGCUUCACGUAGAUCAAUAUUCGAAGAUUGUCCGAAAGGAGUUGAAUCGUCGUGUUAUCCGCGUUACUCGGCUUACCUCGUGACUUCAGAACACGUCCUUUGACUAAUCAAUGUCAAUGGAUCGGGCCAGUCAGGACGAAGACACACGCGAGAAACGGAAACGGGGACCAACAGGAUGACGCUUGGUCCGUUGGGGAUAAAAAAUAGUCGUCGCUUCAACGGAUCAGGGUCUUCUGGAAUCCACCAAAAGAGUAACGCCGAGUAUACGUGGACCAGCAUCUUUCCCCCGGGCCCCUUGACUUGUCGAGAAUCCAACGGUCGUCGCUUUGACAAGUCCGCGGGGUCCGCGGGAGUGAACGUGGCCCAGUUUCCUACCUUUUUCGACCCUUUUUUCCCUUCCAUUUCCGGAAGGGACAGGGUCGUUCAAGAUGAUCUUGGGCGGUCGGAGCGGUGCCGAAGUCUAUCGUACCAAAAUCGCAUCAAUCAUCGCGGUCGUCUCCGCGUAUCGAAAAAUCGAGGAACAGUGAUAGUCAAGGGGGGACAAGCGUAGUCGUUGACGCAAACACACUUCACACUUCAUCCCCGACGAAUUGCGUUCGCUUUCGUCAGGGCACUCAUAUUACAAUAGAAAGGACGGAGCGGGAGGACUAGGAGGAGGAGGCCGACAAGCCGAAGACGUGAUCAGCGCGGUAUCAACGCGCCUUGUAAAUAAAAAUACGUCGCUGUACCGCGGCGUUCGCUGUUAUAACGCGGACCAGCUCUUCCGUCGAAGAAUCGUCUCACCGAAAUCCUUAAUCCGGGACAUCCAGAGUCAGUUUCUGGUUCGUGAGAGAAGAUGAUGGCUUCCGAACUGUUUCUUUUUCAACCCUGAAGAAGAACUCGGAAGAAUUGGAUACCCAGAGUCAUUACGCGCAAGUAAAGUCGAUUUCGCACAGGAAUAUCGACCUCUAUCUGUCCGUAAGAAGAAAGAAAAGAUUCAUCUGGCACAAGGAGCGAUCCGGAUUACAAAGCGGAUGCCGCCGUGUCCGAGCAACACGUACAUCCGACGCCACAAAUACACACUAUUUUUUAUACAUAACGCUCUUUAACCACGCAUCUUUUUGUACUUGUAUAAAGGCUUUUUUUGUAGAAAAAAUAAUAAAAAAAGAACGUCGCCACCGUUGAAAA